CAUGAAGUCAUUGCCUCGCAGCCACUCAGUGCCGGGCUGAAGCUGAGGGAGCGCUGUGGGCUCCACAGUUCAGGAUCACAGGAUCUCUGGAGCCGCGGAGACUCCUCAGCACAGUCCGCUCAGGUUCACAACUGCAGCAGCCCCGCUUCAGUCCGCUCCAAUAAGCCCGCAUGGAGAUACCACCAACCACGACACCAUGCACCAAUGAAAGCUUCAACACACCGUCUUUUGUGUAGUCUGAGGGUGGAAAAAAGUCUGCAAGAUCACUUUGCUUUGCUCCUCUGAGGUGGACCGAGCGUCAAAGGAUUUUUUUUUUCUCCUCUCCUUUUUCGGAAAGCCUGUUUCUCUUUCUCCUUCCGCCUCUCGCAGUCCCAGCUCGAUUUUUUGACUUUUUUUUUCCUUGGAAAGAAAGCACUGCUGUUUCCCCGAGUCUACCUGCUCGUCCAGCACCCAUGAAUUCAGAUAAAAAUGUGUACCUCGGCAGAGACAAAGGCAUCAUGCGGAAGAGAGCCUUGCUCCUCCGGAAAGGUUGCAGCUUCGAGAUUACCAGCUCUGCCUCGGAGGACUUGGGCUGCAGGCGUGGAGACUUCAGCAGGAAACACUAUGGUUCAGUCGAGCUGCUAAUUUCCAGUGACGCAGAUGGGGCCAUUCAGAGGGCAGGACGCUUCAGGGUGGAGAAUGGCUCGUCAGAUGAGACUUUGGACUACACUCCGGGAACCUGGAGGAGAACCGAUGUCCAUCUGGAGAAUCCAGAGUACCACACCAGAUGGUUCUUUAAAUACUUCCUGGGAAAAGUCCACCAGAACUAUGUGGGUACAGAUGCAGAGAAGAAUCCCUUCUACCUGUCAGUCGUCCUCUCAGACCAGAAUAACCAGCGGGUUCCUCAGUACAGAGCCAUCCUCUGGAGAAAGACGGGCACUCUGAAGAUCAGCCUCCCCUACAGCCCGACCAAAACACUAUCAGUCAAGUCCAUCCUAAGUGCAAUGAACAUGGACAGGUUUGAGAAAGGCCCCAGGGAGAUCCUCAACCCGGAUAUUCAGAAGGAUCUGCUGGUGUUGGAGGAACAGGAGGGUUCUGUCAACUUUAAAUUUGGCGUCCUGUAUGCCAAAGACGGACAGCUCACAGAUGACGAGAUGUUUAGCAACGAGACGGGGAGUGAGAGCUUCGACAAGUUUCUCAAUCUGCUGGGGGAUUCCAUUACGCUGCAGGGAUGGGCAGGUUAUCGCGGAGGGCUAGACACCAAGAAUGACACUACAGGAAUUAAGUCCAUCUACACAGUGUAUCAGGGCCAUGAGCUCAUGUUCCAUGUUUCCACCAUGUUACCCUACUCUAAAGAGAACAAACAGCAGGUGGAGAGAAAGAGACACAUUGGAAAUGACAUUGUUACCAUAGUAUUCCAGGAAGGGGAUGACGCAUCGUCGUCCUUCAAACCGUCUAUGAUCAGAUCGCACUUCACCCAUAUUUUUGCAUUAGUUAGGUAUAAUAGCCAGAAUGACAGUUACAGGUUGAAGAUAUUCUCAGAGGAGAGUGUUCCACUGUUUGGACCCCCUCUCCCAUCUCCGCCUGUAUUUACUGAUCACCACGAAUUCAGGGACUUUUUAUUAGUCAAAUUAAUCAAUGGAGAGAAAGCCACACUGGAGACGCCAACGUUUGCCCAGAAGCGUCAGCGGACCCUUGACAUGUUGAUCCGCUCGCUCUACCAAGACCUCAUGCCUGACCUGCACAAGGUACCACCAGUCUACAGAGCUCUGAAGCUGAAGACCAUUGUCAGAGGAGAUGCCCCAACUAGCCUUGUUACCACAGGCCUGUGCAGAAAAGAGCCAUGGGAGUCCCAGCCGUUCUGCAGCACAUUCCCCUAUGAGAUCGUGUGUGCUGACUCCUGGGGUCAGUCUCUGCUGGCCGCCACCGACGCAGCGGGAGUCAUGCUGCUGGAUGGCCCUGAUCCAGCUUUGCCCAACGCUGAGACACAAGCUUUGCCCCCAGUGCAGGUGUUUGACAAAACCAUGGUGGUGAAGCAGAUGCACGUUCUCGAGCCUCAGGACCUGCUUAUCACCAGGGCUGACAAAGGAAAGGACGCUCGGCUCUAUGUGUUCAGACUCAGCUUGCUCAAGAGAGGCCUGGAGGAGAAGCAGCUCGUCAGAAGCAAGUGUGACAGCCGGGAGAAUAAACUGGAGAAAACUAAAGGCUGUCAUUUGUACUCUAUCAACACCCACCACGGCUCAGAGCUGAGGAUAGUAGCAGCCAUCAGGAACAAACUCCUCCUCAUCACCAGGAAACAUCCCCGUUUUGAAGGUUUCAGCGCCAUCGCCCCUGGAGCGGACUCACCGGUGGAGGAGUUUCAGUACAUACGGGAGAUCUGUCUGUGUGACCCGCCGGUGGUGAUGGCGCUGGUGGACGGGCCGACGGGGGAAAAUGACAAUAUGAUCUGUGUUGCCUACAAACAUCAGUUUGACCUGAUCAAUGAGAGCACUGGAGAUGCCUACCGGCUACAUCAUGUAGACGCCAACAGGGUAAAUUUUGUAGCAGCCAUUGAUGUGUAUGAAGACGGGGAGGCAGGUCUGCUGUUGUGUUACAACUAUAUUUGUUACUAUAAGAAAGUUUGUCCGUUUAACGGCUCCACGCCGAUGAUCCAGUCCAACACCUCCGACUUCCACUUCAGCUGGAACCAGAUGCCCAAUGCUAUUGUCUGUGCAUUUCCUUACAUACUGGCCUUCACAACAGACUCCAUUGAGAUCCGACUGGUGGUCAAUGGCAACCUUGUGUACACAGCAGUGGUCCCAGAGCUACAGUUGGCUGCUUCACGGUCGGACAUCUAUUUUGUUUCGUCGGCUCCGGUGAGCUCAGCCUCCAACUGCAGUUCGAGAGACACCAGUUCCCAGAGUUCCCCGCAGACGCCCACUGGCUACGAGAUGCCGGUGUUCCCCUCGCCGCUUGGUGAUGAUUCUAUACGGAUCCCCUAUGGUACCAAGCUUUCCCUGUACAUGUCUAAGGAUGCCGAAGGUGAAGCAGCAUGUAAGCACAUGUUCAAGAUCCCUCUGUGUAACUUAGUCGGCCGUAGCAUCGAAAGACCCCUCAAGUCACCACUGGUCAACAAGGUUCUGACGCCGGCACCCAUCAUGAUGCCCCCGACUCCCCUCAUCUCUGCUACACACUCACUGUCCCUGUCCCGCAUGGAGAUCAAAGAGAUAGCCAGCCGCACACGGAAGGAGCUGCUCGGCUUGACAGAGGAACCAAGUGGGAAGUCAGACAGUGGAACAGUCAAACAGAGGAAGAUGAGCAAGAAGAACACUGAGGAGGAGCCCAAAGCACGAGUACUGACGUCAACAAACAGUGACAGGUUAGCCUCAGAGUCUGUUGAAACCGACUUGGACGUCCAGCUGCAUUGUUCAUCCAGUUCUGAGGCAGAGCCAGAGAAGGUGGUGCUGCGAGCGGAGAGCCCGCCUCUCGCCAGCGCAUUCGCCCUCUCCACGUCCUUCGAAGAAGAUGUCCUGGACCUAAAGUGAAGACAAUCCCAUCGUGCACUUCUCUGCCCACCCACUCCUGUACUGUCACCAUUAUUUUAUUGUUUUGGUUGGUUUGCUAUUAAUUUGUUUUAUCUUGUCUUUUUUGUUUUGUUUAUAUCCCUGUAUCCCGGGUCUCCCCGUUCAUCGCACAAGAUGGGUGCAGUGGGAGAUUUGUCUGUGUUCUUGUUUGCUUUCACGAGCAGUCCCUCAGCCACUGAGUGUUGGGUGUUUGUGUUGCCCCGCAGCAAAUAACCCAAAGAGGCGAUGAGGUUGUGUAAGAUGCCAUGGUUUAUUCAGAGUUCUGUAACAGCCUUGAUAUAAUGUUAACGGUUUGAUCCCAAACCACAAACUGAAUGUAAAUCUGCGCACAACAAAAAUCUCAUUCACAAUGCCCUCUGAAGUUGCUAGAGCUUAAUAUGUGUUGUAUAUUAUGUGAUUAUUUCCAAUUCACUUUCAAAUGUUGUAUGAUAUGCAUAUGUAUGUGUACAUCUGUUUAUACAUGAAAAUGCAUACACAGUGACAGGCGUGUAUGCCUGUCAUGCCUGCGAUGCAUAUUUAUAGAUAUAUUAUAAAAAAUCAUUUUAUUCCCAUAUUUAGUAAAAGUAUGAUGUUUUAUGCUCUCUGCACAUAUUAGUCCUUAUUCCUCUCCUUAUUCACAGUAUACAGGUAGACAGGGCUGGAGGCAAAGUCUCCCACAAGUGCCAUUUCCCAGCAUCCUCCACUGAAUUACACUUCUAACAGCCACCGUAUUCUGGUGUCUGACAGUAGCAGCCAUGAUUGUAGUCCACAUUAGAUUACUAUGGUGACCCACAACUCCAUUCGGUUUGGAUAAAUUCACUUACUGGAGGCACUCUCUCAAAGCCACAGGCACUCAAAAUUCUAUCCCAUGAGAAUGAUCCAACCUUAAAUCUGCAUGACCUGCCUUUGCUACAACUAUUGUGUCUUCUGCUCCAAAAAAUAUCUUCUUUGGAAACCAUGAGGUCUGCGACAUCAUGCCAAACAUAGCAGAAUAAAGCAAACCACAACCUGAGACGACAGAAAGAGUGGAGAUGUUAAAAGGACUAAUGCCUUUACUACGAUGGUACAAGAAGGAAAGAAAGAAUUAUAGACAAAGCUAAACAUUUUAGCUAAAAACUAGUUAAAAUACAGUAUAUUAUCAUAGACUGAAAUGAUUGAGACUCAGAGUGAGCUAAAACAUGACUACUAAAUACACUUAAAUUGUGGAAUAUUUUUCAACAUACCAUAUAU